CGACACAUUCGUCACGUAUAACCACAAGUUUCUAUCAUGAAUAUCGACAAAGAUUUCUUCAACCCAAAAACAGGGGAAAACCAUGGAAUAUUUGGUUAUAAUUAUUUGAAAUUACAUCGAAUGAGAGAUCCAAAAUGGGCGGCUGGAAAUAAAAUGAUCCAAUAUGUUGGAAUUACUAAAUUAUGCGUACGUGAUCAAAAACUUAAUACCCUGAAAACAAUUUUGAAGCGAAAGUCCAAACAACAGUAUAUGAAAGACAUUCGAAGAAAGCUUGAGGAUGAUAAAGUUUAUUUGCACAUAGCGAAGUCUGGUAAUACUCAGCUUAUUAAGAAUGUGUUUCAAGAACAUUGGAAGCUUCAAAGAGCCUAUCGGCCACUAAUGAUUGAGCAAAUAGUUGAGAAAAUGAGCCAAAGGACGUUUUCGAAACGAAAGAGGUUGGAUCAAUUUAAUCACAAGCUCAAAACGUUGACCGAUUGUUACCAAAAACAAUUGAUGAAAGUUUCGGAAUUUCAAGACAGAACUAAUUUUGUAGACCCAAAAGAGCUGUACGAGGAAACCGAAGCGAAAAGCUACUGUCUUAAAUUGCAACAUUGUAACACACGCAUACGCACUGCAAAUGCGAUCAAUCGAGCUUACAAUGCAUCCAUUAGAAUUAUGCUGAAGGAUUCAAUCUUCUACAAUCCGGUCCUGAGUGCCUUACAAGACGAUUUAAUUGAGCAAGACAGAUUCAUCAAAAAAACGAUCGGAACAGGACUACCAGCUAUGCGUAACAUUCAGUGUCUUCAAUCGGAAUUUGAGGAAUUAGACAAACGAACUAGUAAAGAAUUGACCGAUCGUUUCAAAACUCUCCUGCAACACCGAGAAACUUUGAAUUACAAUAAUACACGGGUUGGCACUCUAGUUCGAAGAGAUAGUGACUUCGACAUUGAUAGUUCCCGUUACGAUCGAGACACAAAUAGCAUGGUCGACCUUAAACUGCAAAUGGAAGAGAUUGAACGGAUAACGAAAAGAAUUAAAAAUGCUGUUUCGUGUGGGAGACCGAACGAAAUUUAUCCUAGAGUGAAGCAGCAAAAGCACGACAGUCAACGGAUGAAAAUUAGUUUACAACAGCGCGAACGCCAGCGAAAUUUAGAAUGUAUAGAAAAAGAACUCGCAGAAGUACACUAUGACGAAUUGGAAAACGACUUCACUUAUAACGAAAUGCGCCGAAUAUCCGAUUGUAAAAAUGACCAAAACAAGAUAACUGAAGAAAAGGAAAAACAAGAUAAACUUUCAAGUUACAAGGAGAACUUACACGAAAUUAGCGAUAUGCUCAAACUUUCAUUCCAACAUAUAUUAGAUGUUUUUAGGAACAUAGAGACAGAGAAAAAAUCGCAUUCCGCUAUACAGGUUGUACAUGAUUAUUCCGAAAUUAACAUACCGCUACUGAACUUCGAAACUGCCUACAUUAAACGUCCCAGUAAGAUGGAAAACAGAGAUUUUGCAUUAUGCAUUUCAUUGGCAAAGGAAAAAAUCAAGCAUCUUAUGGAAACUUUUGAGCAAGCGGAAGAUGAUGUGAAGGAUUCAGCAUUUGGAAAAGAUUAUCAGUACAGCAUAUUGAAAGAGCACCACGAACAAGAUACGAAGAACAUGAAAAAUAUUGAGAAAUCAAUAAUGGAAGGCAUGGUGAUUGAAGAUAUUAAUGUUUUGACUAGAGCGCAAAUAAAAGCUGUGAGUGCACAAAUCGUUGCGAAAAAUACAAAGCGAGAUGAUUGACAUUAAAUGGAAAACGAUAAAUUGUAAUAUAAAUCAAUAAAAUUUGU